CACAAACCUUAUUUGACAACACAGAAGCUCACUGCUACACUCCUCACCCCUCAAUUGUGUAUACAAAAGCUUCAACAUCAUCUCAACAGCAACAUACAAGCAAUUAUGGCUGACAAGCGCACUCGCUGCUUCUUCGACAUCGCCAUUGGCGGAGUGAAGGCUGGGCGCAUUGCCUUCGAACUCUACAACGACAUCGUCCCUAAGACCGCCGAAAACUUCCGCGUGUUAUGCACCGGCGAGAAGGGUGUCGGCAAGGCUGGCAAGCCUCUCCACUACAAGGGCUCGAGUUUCCACCGUGUCAUCAAGGGCUUCAUGAUUCAGGGUGGCGAUUUCACAGAAGGCAACGGCACAGGUGGUGAGAGUAUCUACGGUGAGAAGUUUGAGGAUGAGAACUUCGAGAAGAUCCACGACAGGCCGUUCUUGCUGAGCAUGGCGAACGCUGGACCUGGCACCAACGGCUCGCAAUUCUUCGUCACUACCGUUCCCACACCGCAUCUGGACAAAAAGCACGUUGUUUACGGCGAGGUCAUCAACGGCAGGAGCAUCGUACGACAGAUCGAGAACCUGAAGACUCAGAGCGGCGACAAGCCAUUGCACGACGUUACUAUCAUCGACUGCGGUGAGUUCAAAGGCGACGAAUACGAGAAGGCGACCGAAAAGACCCCCGACGUUACAGGCGACCCUUACGAGGACUUCCCCGAGGACCAAAAGCCAGGCGAAGAGGAGUGGGAAGGCGCACAGAUCCUGAAGAUUGCGACUGAGCUGAAGGACAUGGGCAACGCCGCGUUCAAGAAGCAGGACCUCAACCUCGGAAUCAAGAAGUACCAGAAGUCGCUCCGCUACCUGCACGAGUACCCUGCACCGCAAGACAAUGACCCCGCAGAGCUUUGGAAGAGCCUCCAGGUACUGAAGAUCACCGUCUAUUCCAACCUCGCCCUUCUCCAGAACAAGACCAUUCAGUACACCGAGGCUGCCGAAAGCGCAACGAAGGCGCUUGAGGUUGAGGGCAUUACAGAGAAAGAUCAAGCGAAGGCAUAUUUCAGAAGGGCGCAGGCCAAGGUUGGCAAGAAGAACGAGGAAGAUGCGCUGGCGGAUCUGAACAAGGCUAUCAAGUACGCACCAGGCGACGCAGCAAUUGUCAGGGAACUGGAUGUGGUGAAGAAGAAGGUACAGGCAAGGAAAGAGAAGGAGAAGAAGGCGUACGCAAACGCGUUCAACUUCUAGACACGGAUGAUGAAGGCCGGUGUAGAGGUAUAGGUCCAACAGCAUGCUUGCGUGAUCGAUGAGAUAUCAUGAAGGAAUGCAUCAGCGCGCACACCACGAUCCAACAACACCUUGUCUCAGCUGCCAUUGUACGCAGCUAAGCCUCAUGCACCUCUAGAUGGUCUUAAUUAUGUAUGAUUGUAGGCGCGAAAGAUCGGGAAAUUUUGAAGUUCCACUCCAACGGCUGGACGCCUCAGUUCCAGCCUCAAUUUCACGAAUCAAAGAUUUACGUAUACGAAUGUAUAUCCA